UCCUCAACCGAUACGCCACGUCACCCGUUUCGCCAACCUCCGCCCAAUCGGAAUCCUCGGCUUCGCCCAUCGCCGCCGGCGCGCGCGCAGAAAAUCGCCGACAUUAUUUCUUCGUCGUCAACUUCAGUUCGAUUCCGAAAUUCCCGGCGGAGGAGCGACCGCAUCGCCGAUGGAGGCCCUCUCAAGGGUCAGAUGCUUCGCCACCGGCCCCGCCGUCCGCCUCCCCGGAGCCCUUCCGGUCCCCCGCCGCCGCCGGAGAGCGGCUCUCACGGCGACGACGCCGCCGCUCUCGGCCCUGAGAGCAAGCGCCGGGCUAGUCGGUGAACUAGUCGAGGACGAGGUACGGAAAACGUUCUUGAAGGAAAGACAGUUGAGCGGGGAUUUCAUCUCCAAGGCUUCCGAUUUGCUUUGGCAGAGGGAGGCCCUGAAACUCGUCGAACCGGAUGUUGGGAGGCUUCCGGGCAGUCCUCAGGAGCCAGACCAGGUCGAUGAAAAUGAUGAUGACGGUGGGUUCUUGAAACUGUCAAAAACCAACGAAUGGAUCUUAGGUGACAACUCUGCACCACUGAACAAGAAAGCCAUUGCUAAGGCAUUGCAGGAUGAUAGAGAAAAGAGGAGGAAGUUAAACCUACUCCAAUAUGAAGCUUUGAAGAGGGAAUUGAUGCUCUUAUCCAUUGGUAUCGGAACUGCUUGCGGUGGAUACUGUUUGAUAGUUUUGUCAAUCCAGGCUGCUAUCAGCUAUGCUGUGGGAGUUCUUUUCAGUUGCUUGUACCUUCAGCUCUUGUGCCAGCAUGCGGACAACUUAUCUAGAGAAAUGAUUCCUUUGAUUUUCAGACAGAAGAAGUUGAAAAAAAUAGGAAUACGAAGUGAGGAUCUAAGUGAUUUUUUGGAGAGAACAAUUAAAGGAAGCACUAUGGCUCUUUCAUCUCCGAGGCUUGUAAUUCCUGCCGCAAUAUAUGGAUUAUGGAUCUUUUCUCAUCAGUAUGUUGGCAGUGACUUCUUUGACUUCCAGCUUGUUCCGGCCAUGCUUGGGAUGUUUGUGUAUAAAGCUGCCGCCCUGGUUCAAGUUUAUCGAGAUAAUGAGGACCUUCAGUUCGUGUUUCCAGAGAAUGAGGAAAGCUACUGAAUGUGAUAAAUAUGAGACUCAGAAUUUCCAGGGCAGUUUGUCUACCCAUUCACUACUGUACUCUCGAUGGCAGAAUCAAUAUGCUAUCAUGAUUACCAAAGUCUGCUACGCACACGAUCAAUACUCUUAUAUCAUUGCUGACUUGCCUUUUGGGUUGACUGAGGAAGAUUCAAGCAGGGGAAGCUCAUACUUGGUGUCACCGUCCAAGCUAUUUGAAUGUGUAGAAUACAAGUACGCCGUGUCUAAUUUCAAGUCAAUUUUGUGAUCCUGGCAGGAAAAGCCUUGUCACUCUCUCACUCAACUGGAGAGACGCUUCUGAGUAGCGGCAGAGCUUUUCUGUUUUUCUUUGCUUGGGCUCAGUUGUUUUAUUAGAUUAGGAUUAGAAUGAGACUGUGCUCCAAAGAUUCAUUUGGAAAGCUUUUUUCAUGCCAUUAAAGAUGAAAUCGGGAAAAUUUUAUCUUUGUUCCGAGCCCAGUAUAACAAACUAUUUCUGCGGAAAGUAAUUCAUUCAAGUCCUCUCAUGAGUGACUUGGUAUAUCA